UUCGUCAGUUCUCGGUCGUUUUAUUAUUAUUAUUUCGACCCCCCGGUGUAAAAUCGACGCUAACCAGGAAUACAAUAUUAUUAUAAUAGUAAAUAAUAUAGUAAUAACAGGGCAAUAAUAAUAAUAAUAAUAAUAAUAACAAUAAUAACAGUCGUACACUACCCAUUACGAGCUACGGCCUACGACGACGAGUGACGACGAACAACGCCAGCCAACCCGUCGGCAUGUCGCGUGUACCGUUUUAGCACGUCGGCAACCACGACCGUCGACUACCCACUGCGAUGCACAUCGGCGGACGUCUGACUAACACCGCGUAAUAGCCGCGCGCGGAGCGGAGGAGGCCUCACGGGUAGAAAUCGUCGUUGACGGACCGCACAGCGCGACCACCGCAGUCGCCGCAGAGUCCGAUCUCUCCGAUCCACUCGACAACGGCUGUCCGCACCCAUGUUGAACAUGGCUCACAACCUGGCACCGAGCGUCAACUGUUCGCUGGAUGACAUCGAUCUCAACGCGUUAAAGGAUCCGGCUGGCAUAUUCGAACUCAUCGAAGUUGUCGGCAAUGGCACCUAUGGACAAGUGUACAAGGGAAGACAUACCAAAACUGGACAAUUGGCGGCAAUUAAAGUUAUGGAUGUUACUGAAGAAGAAGAGGAAGAAAUUAAAUUGGAAAUCAAUGUUCUGAAAAAAUAUUCCAAUCAUCGUAAUAUUGCUACGUAUUAUGGUGCAUUUAUUAAAAAAAGUCCACCGGGCAAAGAUGAUCAACUAUGGCUUGUGAUGGAAUACUGUGGGGCUGGAUCUGUCACCGAUUUAGUUAAAUCUACCAAAGGACAGUCACUUAAAGAAGAAUGGAUUGCUUACAUAUGCAGAGAAAUAUUACGCGGUCUUAGCUAUUUGCACUCAAACAAGGUCAUACAUCGUGAUAUCAAGGGACAAAAUGUUUUGUUGACCGAUAAUGCUGAAGUGAAACUUGUUGAUUUUGGAGUCAGUGCUCAGUUAGAUCGGACCAUUGGGCGACGUAACACUUUUAUUGGUACUCCAUACUGGAUGGCCCCAGAAGUUAUUGCUUGUGAAGAAAAUCCAGAUGCUACAUAUGAUAAUAGAAGUGAUCUGUGGAGUUUAGGUAUUACUGCAUUAGAAAUGGCUGAAUCCCAACCACCUUUGUGUGAUCUUCAUCCCAUGAGGGCUCUAUUCUUAAUUCCAAGAAACUCUCCACCCAGAUUGAAGUCGAAAAAAUGGGCCAAAAAGUUUCAUGGUUUCAUAGAAACAGUGUUGGUUAAAGACUAUCAUCAGAGGCCAUAUACAGACCAGCUUUUGAAACACCCAUAUAUUAGGGACCAACCAACAGAGAGACAAGUUCGUAUUCAACUUAAAGAUCAUAUUGAUAGGUGUAAAAAACGAAAGCAAGAAAAAUCUGAAAGAGAAGAUUAUCGUUAUAGUGGAUCAGAAAAUGAAGAAGAUGAAGACCAUAAUAUUGCAGGUGAACAACAUUCAUCUAUAAUUCAAGCUCCUGGUGAUAAUACAUUGAGGAGAAACUUCCAACAAAUCCAGGAGGGGCGAACUUUAACUCCUCAUGGUAAAGAAAAACAUGGUAAAGAAAGAGAAGAAAUACCAGAACCAGGUCCUCCUGCUCGCCCCCCUAUAAUACCUCACAGAUUAAUCGUUGUUCCAGAUCCCCAUCCACCAUCUAGACCUCUUCCGCCACCACCACGCGAUGAUAGACACUUCCAUCCACAACAGCAACAACCACAGCGAAAUUCAAACGUAUUCCAACCAAUGUUAAAUGAAAUAGGUUCAUCAGCCAGACAGACAGAUGUUUCUGUGUCACAGGUACACCAAAAUGGCGGUGCUAAAGUGAUACCACAAGGAAUAAUAAUUGAGUCUGAUUCUUCUGAUGAAGAUGAAGAUGACGAUGAUGAUGAAGAAGAUGACACAGCUCAUAGACAUGAUGCUCGCCGUGCACCACCUAGAAGAAAGCCAAAUGAUGGAACAUUACUUGCUAGUGAUCCACCUAAACCACUACCCGCUGAUAUAAAUCCUAAUGGACUACAUUUAGAAGGAUCAUCAUCAAGCUCUAGUACUGUUAUGGGACCUGGUGGCGCGCCUAAUCGUCCUCUUCCUCCCACUCCAGAUGAAGAAGAAAGUGGAGACAGAACAUUGGUAUUAAGAAGGUUGCCGCAACAAAAACCAAGUUCAAGUGAUGGGAAAGUAGAUAUUGAUGAACAAAAAUUGCUGAAGGAUUGGGAUUUUGCCCGCUUUUUUCAUAAAUCAAAUAAUAUAGCAGAAAAAAAUUCUCAACAAAAAGUCAAAGAACAGGUAUCGUCGGUACCUAGACGAAUGCCACAACAUAAUCGUAAUGGUUCAGAAUCAUCCGGCCCUUCCAAAUUUAUACCCAAUGUGUUCAGACGAGAGAAUACAGAUUUUUUCGUACCAUCAGCUCGUCAUUCUGCCAUGUUUUUUGAUGGAAGACGUUCUGAUAUUCAGCAGAGAAGAAGUUCAGAUGUUAGUAAAAAGUCUUUGGAACGAACUGAUUCAUUAAAAAAACCGUGGAAACCAACUAGGCCAAGGCGAGAAAGAACUGAUGGUGAUAUAGUAUUGCAAACCAACCGUCAAAGAUUUGUCAGACCAUUGUUAGAAAACAGACGUUUAGAGAAUGAUCCCAGGUUUUCACGAGGAAGUGCUAAUAGUAGCAAGAAGAGUAAUGGUCAAGAUAAUGGAUUUACCAAUGAAACUAAUCAGAACCGUGAUGAACGCCGUAGUGAUUUUCAUAGACAUGACAUAUCAGGUGGAUCAAGUUCAAGAACAAGUUCGGUUUUACCAGAUCUGCUUUCUCAGGCUUCAUCUAGUCCUGGUACUCCAAGUCAAAGACUUGACAAAAGCAAUAGUGAAGAGUACCAAAACGCAAUAUCUAAAACUUAUUCCUUACUACAGAAACAACGUUCAUUCCUGACAUUUGGCUUUGGGGCUGGUGGUACUGGUACUAGUACAAGUUCACAAGGGCCUGGUCGUCGUGAGUCACACGUUAAUGUUAAUGUUACACCAACUGUACAUGAUUUAGCAUCUGAGACACCCGAGAUACGUAAAUACAAAAAACGUUUCAAUUCUGAAAUCCUCUGUGCUGCGUUAUGGGGAGUUAACCUGUUAAUUGGCACAGAGACUGGACUUAUGUUAUUGGACAGAAGUGGUCAAGGUAAAGUGUACCAACUUAUUUCUAGAAGACGAUUCCAACAAAUGGAAGUAUUAGAAGGUCAAAAUAUCUUAGUAACUGUUUCUGGCAAGAAAAAUCGUGUUAGAGUCUAUUAUUUAUCUUGGCUGAAAUCUAAAAUUCUUAGAACAGAUGGGCAAGUAGAGCGUAGGAAUGGUUGGAUAAAUGUUGGGGAUUUACAAGGUGCUGUACACUUUUGCAUUGUAAAGUAUGAACGUAUUAAAUUCUUAGUGAUAGCACUCAAAGACAGCAUCGAGAUCUAUGCAUGGGCUCCUAAACCAUAUCAUAAAUUUAUGGCUUUUAAGUCCUUUGGAGACCUUGUUCAUCGACCCCUACUAGUAGAUUUGACAAUUGAAGAAGGGGCACGACUUAAGGUGAUCUAUGGAUCAGCUGAUGGAUUCCAUGCAGUAGAUCUUGACUCCGCCUCUGUGUAUGAUGUAUAUUUACCUAAACAUACUCAAGGAGCGAUUGCGCCACAUUGUAUUGUUGUGUUACCAAACUCUAAUGGGUUACAAUUGCUGUUAUGUUUUGACAACGAGGGUGUCUAUGUAAAUACUUAUGGAAAGACGUCAAAGAAUAUAUUAUUACAAUGGGGUGAGAUGCCUACGUCGGUUGCAUAUAUUGGCACUGGUCAAAUAAUGGGUUGGGGCAACAAAGCAAUCGAAAUACGAAGUGUAGAAACUGGUCAUUUGGAUGGUGUUUUUAUGCACAAAAAAGCACAAAGGUUGAAGUUUCUUUGUGAACGAAAUGAUAAGGUAUUCUUUUCAUCAGCUAAAGGUGGGUCGUGUUGUCAGAUAUAUUUCAUGACGCUCAACAAACCUGGCAUGGCCAAUUGGUAAAUCAAUUAUAAUCAGAGUAACAUAAAUUUGUAAUUAAUGAUAAAACAUAAUGAUUAACAUUAAUGGCCGAUAAGUAUAUUUAAACGGACCAAACUAUCUGGAUACCAUCUAUGAUGUGACAGCUUACAAUUUAUUACCAAGUUAUAUUAUGUAUACAAAUUUAUAUCUAUAUAUAUAAUUUUAUUAUAUUAUAUGUUUAUACAUAUAAUAAUAUUAUUGCUUCAAAACAAAAAGACUUGAUUACCAAGUGUGGUAAAUAUAUAGAAAAAUAUUAAUCCUCGACACUAAUGUAUUUUUAAUAAUUUUCAUGUAGUUUUUUACCUUUUAUUAAUGUGCUUGUGCACUAUAAGAUUUAUUAUUAUUUUUUUUUUUAUCAAAACACUAGAGGCCAUUUUACACAUUUAAUAUUGUUUCCUAUGAUGCCCAGUGUUCCCAAAUGGGUUUGAGCUGUGAAACAGAAAUUUAUGAACAAAUCUAUAAUAAUAUAUAAUACAAUUGUCACUUAGAAAACAUUAAUAUGUAUAUUCUUUGUGUUUUGAAAGCUCACGUUUAUUAUUUUAUGUUACUGAUAAAUUAUUCAAUAUAAAUAUAUAAUUAUUUUAUACUUUAAAUUAUUUAUUUUAAUUUGUUAUUAGUUUAAAUUGCAAAUAAACAAUAUUAUUAGUCCAUAAUUUUUAUAUUUAUAAAAUCAAUUACAUUGUUCUUAAAUCCAAA